GCAUUUGUCACCACUAACAUAACAUGGCAUCCCCUGAGUACGAGCCACUGCUCUCGAAUCUCUACUCUAGCACCUCCAGCAUCCCGCACUUAUCUUCGGAUGCCAUCGAAGAGCUUCUUCUGCACCAGAGGCAACAAAUCACAUUCAGGUGGUGGUCUCGCCUCUUCGCUUGGGAGUCAAGGCUGCUCUGGCUCUUAUCAGGUUCCUCCAUCGUCGUCUCGGUAUUCAACUACAUGCUCAGCUUUGUGACCCUCAUGUUCACUGGCCAUCUGGGUGCCUUAGAGCUCGCUGGUGCCUCCAUUGCCAGUGUCGGAAUUCAAGGCCUUGCCUAUGGCAUUAUGCUUGGGAUGGCGAGCGCAGUGCAGACAGUGUGCGGGCAAGCGUACGGAGCGAAGAGGUACUCAGCAAUGGGGAUAAUAUGUCAGAGGGCGGUCCUGCUCCACUUAGGAGCAGCAAUCCUGCUCUCAAUCCUCUACUGGUUCGCUGGGCCGGUCCUGCGGGCGAUGGGCCAAUCGGACAGCAUUUCGGAGCAAGGGCAGGUGUUCGCCAGGGGGCUCAUCCCGCAGCUGUACGCAUUUGCGGUGAGCUGCCCGCUGCAGAGGUUCCUGCAGGCGCAGAACAUAGUGAACCCUCUGGCGUUCAUGUCGGUGGGGGUUUUCUUGCUGCACACGCUGCUGACGUGGGUCGCCGUCGAUGUGGCUGGGUGGGGGCUCCUUGGCGCCGCCCUGACGCUGAGCUUCUCGUGGUGGGUGCUGGCGUUGUUGAAUGCUGGGUACGUGGCUUUCAGCCCUCGCUGUAAGGAGACGUGGACGGGGUUGUCUGUCAGGGCUUUUACGGGGAUAUGGCCUUACUUGAGGCUCACGCUUGCUUCUGCUGUCAUGCUUUGGUUUGUUUUCCUCCCGUUUGGUGUUAUCUUCUUUGGUUUGUUAAUUCUUGAGGCUGACUUGGCGAUUGCUUUCCAUGACAGCUUGGAGAUAUGGUACAGUCAAGGGUUAGUGCUAAUAUCAGGUCUUCUGUCAAACCCAACAGUCGCCUUAGACUCCAUCUCCAUUUGCAUGAACUACUUGAACUGGGAUAUGCAGUUCAUGCUGGGCCUAAGUGCAGCUGCAAGCGUCCGGGUGAGCAAUGAGCUGGGAGGAGGGCAUCCGAACGUGGCGAGGCUAGCGGUCGGGGUGGUCAACUUCACCAGCAUCCUCAUCAGCACGCUCUUCAGCGCCGUGGUGUUGAUCUGCAGAGUUGGGCUGAGCAAGCUCUUCACCACCGACUCUCAGGUCAUCGACGCAGUCUCCAAUCUCACUCCGCUGCUCGCCAUCUCCGUCUUCCUCAACGGCAUCCAGCCUAUCCUCUCCGGAGUGGCGAUUGGGAGUGGGUGGCAAGGCGUGGUGGCCUAUGUCAACUUGGCUACUUACUACAUCAUCGGCCUUCCAAUUGGAUGCGUGCUUGGCUUCAAAACCUCUUUGGGAGUUGCGGGGAUUUGGUGGGGAAUGAUCAUAGGAGUUGUGUUGCAAACAAUAACGUUGAUUAUUAUCACAGCAAAAACAAACUGGGAUGCUGAGGUCGCAAAAGCGGUUGAAAGGCUGAAGAACUCUGCCAAUGAGGAGAACCUGGACCUCGUUGAAAUUUAGAAUUUACUAGAGAUUUGCUUUUUUUCCUUGCAAGGACCCCGACCGUUUCUUUUCUGUGUUCGAUUUGGCUUCUUUUUUUUUUAUGUGAUCAGCGUAACACCCGGUCAUAUAAUUUGUUUACAAUACCUAAACUACCCUUCGUUGGUUAUGAAUAGCCUAAUUAACCCUAAGCUGAACCCUUCUGAUCAGCUACUAGUCUCUCUAUAAUAUAUAGUAGUA